AGCUGCGUCGUCCGAACACUAAUUCUCCGAAAUGGGGAACGAGGCUUCCCUUCCAGAGUUGUGUUCCACAUUUGAUGUUGAAGAGAUAAAGAGGCUAGCCAAGAGGUUCAAGAAGUUAGAUUUGGAUGGAUCCGGUUCGCUAAGUGUGAAGGAGUUUAUGAGUUUACCCGAGUUGAAACAGAAUCCCCUUGUUGCCCGAGUGAUAGAAAUAUUUGAUACCGAUGGCAACGGGGAGGUUGACUUCAAGGAAUUCAUAAACGGAAUGUCGCAGUUCAGUGUCAAAGGUGAUAAGGAGGCGAAGCUUCGGUUCGCUUUCAAAAUCUACGAUAUGGACAAAGAUGGCUUCAUAAGUAAUGGGGAGCUCUUCCAGGUACUGAAAAUGAUGGUCGGUAACAAUCUCAAAGACACUCAGUUGCAACAGAUUGUAGACAAAACAAUCAUGUUCGCUGACAAGGAUGGGGAUGGCCGGAUCUCGUUUGAGGAAUUCUGUGAUGUCGUCAGCAAUCUGGAUGUGCACAAGAAGAUGGUACGUGAUCUUUCCUUAGGUGAACUGAGCUCCGGCUGUCAGAUUUUAGUGUACCUAAUCGGUCGACUGAACGCACACAAGGACCACCUUCUGUUUUCCUUAUUUGCCAUCGUGUCGGGUUUGGCUCUUCGUGUAGUUUUACCCAAAUUGCUGUUUAUUCUAAUUUCAUCCUUGCAUUGCAUGCGCCGUUUUUUUGAACAUGAACCUUAUAAGCCACAAUACUUCUUGCUUUCACUCUUGCCGCGGUUUGUUGAAGCGUUUGUGCGGAUAUGUUGCAUCGUCGUCAUCAUCAUCGACAGCAUGAUAUCAGUGUUCAACACCGAUUUUUCGCUGCUGCACAACUAUGAUUUAUCUGGGAGUCUUAGUGUAAAGAAAAGAAUGAAGCUGGAUGGGGAAGAGACUUAG